CCAUCAUUUGGCAUGAUGUUGGAUGCUAACGGCACUGACAGCUUACAACUGGCUGCUAAAGUUCCUUUGGCAUUUUUAAUGUCCCUACUUGCUUUUGCUAUAAUGCUAGGCAACGCUGUGGUCAUUUUAGCCUUUGUGGUGGACAAAAACCUUAGACAUCGAAGCAAUUAUUUUUUUCUUAAUUUGGCUAUUUCAGACUUCUUUGUAGGUAUGAUCUCCGUCCCUCUGUACAUCCCUCACACGUUGUUUAACUGGAAUUUUGGAAGUGAAAUCUGCAUGUUUUGGCUUAUUACUGACUAUCUUUUGUGUACAGCAUCUGUCUACAAUAUUGUCCUCAUUAGCUACGAUCGAUACCAGUCAGUUUCAAACGCUGUGUCUUAUAGGGCUCAGCACACUGGUAUUGUGAAGAUUGUCGCUCAGAUGGUGGCUGUUUGGAUACUGGCUUUUUUGGUAAAUGGCCCAAUGAUUCUGGCUUCAGACUCCUGGAAAAACAAUACUAGCACAGGGGAAUGUGAGCCUGGCUUUGUCACAGAAUGGUACAUCCUCGCCAUCACAUCAUUCUUGGAAUUUCUGCUCCCCAUCAUUUCAGUAGCCUAUUUCAACGUGCAAAUUUACUGGAGCCUGUGGAAGCGUGGGGGCCUUAAUAGAUGCCUCAGCCAUGCAGCGUUUGUCUCCACCUCUUCUAGUGACUCUGGACAUUUACCCAGAGCUGGGGUAGCUUCCAGGACAUCUCUUCCCACAUCCCUUCAUCCAGAAAGUCCUCGAAGAAAGAGCAGUCUCCUGGUGUCCUUAAGAACUCACAUGAAUAGCAAUAUGGCUGCCUUCAAAGUGGGUUCCUUCUCUCGGUCCGAAAGCUUAGCACUCCACCAAAGGGAGCACAUGGAGCUGCUCAGAGGCAGAAAAUUAGCCAGGUCACUGGCCAUCCUCCUGAGUGCUUUUGCCGUGUGCUGGGCUCCGUACUGUCUGUUUACAAUUGUUCUUUCAACCUACCCCAGAGGGAAGCGCCCCAAAUCAGUUUGGUACAGCAUUGCCUUUUGGCUGCAGUGGUUCAAUUCUUUCGUUAAUCCCUUUUUGUACCCCUUAUGUCACAGACGUUUCCAGAAAGCCUUCUGGAAAAUGUUUUGUGUGAAAAAGCAACCCACACCAUCACAGAACCAGUCCGUAUCUUCUUGAGGACAAUGACAUCACGUCUGUCAGCUCCAGUCCCUGUGCCAUCUGAAUGGAUUUGAGCUUUCGUCUUGCUCUAUAUUCUCUAACAAACGAUGCAUAAAAUAUAAUGUGUGAAAACGUCAAUAAAAACUCCCAAUGGAGAACACUA